AUGGACGAAGCCGGUUCGUCCGGCACCGGCGGCGGUGGCGGCGACGUCCUGCCGAAUGAUCUGCUUGCCUCGGCGGCGUCGAACCUCGACUCCGAGCGGGUCAACCAGCUCCAAACUCAGCUUCAGGUUUAAUUUUCCCGCCAUUUCUUACGAAAAGAUGUUUUUCUCGACUUUCAUUGUAUAAUCGAACAACUCAUUUUUUGUAUGGAAAUAAAAUUUGAGAUCACGAGAAACUGUGAUUCAUUUUUUUUAGGAACUAUUCUAGAAAACCGGCCUCUCAUUAGUCAAACUCCAGGUUUAACUACUUUUAUGAGUUUCUUGAAACCAAGAACUUCAUUUCACAUGUUAUAUAGUUUUCCUUAGUCAAAAAUACAUUCCCACGACACUUUUACUUUUUUUUAAGAAAAUCUUUCUUUUUUUUCUCAAUCUUAUCAAGCCAUUUAGACACAAUCUUUAAAAGUCGGAUCAAGUGUGCGAAUGCUUUUAUUGUCCGGGAGGCAAGACCACUCUCGCCAGGUCUGAGCAAAAACCGACGAAAAAUAGAAAGCCAUUAAACGUCGACAAUGCUCCAUUGAUAAAAGAGUCACGCAUGGAUCCUUGCGAACAGUCGAAUUUGCAUUCGAAAACGUGGAAAUACUUUGCCCUUCGAAACUGAUAAUCAUUUUGAAAAAUGAUUUUUUUUGAUCAGGAUUUGACCGAAAAAUCGGGGAAAGAAGGUGGGGAUUUCUUUUUUUUCAAAGAGGAAACCCACUUUCUCUGAAAUAAAAGAAAGUUCGUGAAAAGUUAUUUUUGAAACUGUUCGGCGUUACUGAUGUUAUCUUCUUUUGCCCAUCGUUUUUUUCUCGGUCCCUAUAGAUUUAUAGCCGUCAUUUCGAAUUAAGCUUUCGCAAUGGAAAAAGAGGAUUGUUAGAACAGCAAAAAAUUCCGGAAUUUCAAUUCAAAAAUAUAAAAGAAUAUCACAUCCAUUUUUCUUUUCGUUCAGAUAUGAACUUUUCAAAACCAUAAAAAUGAAAUAUCUACAGUAACCCUUAGUUAUGCAACGAGAAACAUUUUUCAACACCCAUAUUUUCAAAACCAGUAAUUACUUCAAAACUAAUAGUUACAAUUAAAAAUAUAUUAUUGAUUAUCUGAAAAGAGAGAUCAUUUUUGGAACUUUCUGAAAAUUGGCCAGAACCCUUUUCGAUGAACCAAAAGAAGGUUCUGAAAGUCUUUCACCUGCAGAAUUUUCUAUUUUUCGAGAAAAAAAGACUUAAAGCCCAAAAAUGGACUGUUUUACCGGAUUAUUGAGACCUUUUUUGACUUAGAUGUGUUCUUUUUCAAAAUCCAGGAAUUUUUGCAGUUCAGGGCUUCCAGAAAGUUCUUGUUCAUCAAUCAAUACUCUGUCAAAAUACCAGGCCAAUCCUGAACCACAAACUUCCUUGUGAGUGAUUUCACAGGUUACCAAUUUAUGACUAAAAUCAUUUUGAAGUCUGUCAACCUCAGACAGAUAUUUUUUCCAAAAGUGUAUAGGACUCAGAAAAAAAGAAGAAGAAAUCUUCGUAGAUCCAACCACAACCCAGAAGUUCCACGUGCGCGAAAUCUCGCCCGAUUGACCGCUUUUCUUUCGUUUUCCUGCUUUCCGUCGCGCAAGCCUAUUUUUAGCGUUUAUUUGCUGUCUUGCACCAUCGAUUGCAGCGCAGGGAUUGAAAAGAGCGCAAAGGAAGUUGAGUCAAAUGUUUUCCUCAUUCGGAAAAAAAGAAGUAGUUGCAAGAUGAAUGGAAAACUUUCCUAUGUAGAAAGGAAAGUUGCACUCGUUCGUUUGUAGUCAGACAAUUCGAAAGUACAAAAAAUAGCAACUGCCCUAAUCAAACUCUAAAGGGCUGGAUCACAAGUCCCAUAUUUUCAGAUUUUCAAUGGAUAUACUUAUAUGCAGUGUCUUCAUAUAAAUUUGAAAAAUUUCAAAACUUGAAAAAAAAGCUUCAUUCAGGCGAAAAGUCUAAGACCAGGCAUAAAUCAUCGUUUCAAUUAUGAAAAAAGCUUGCUUUUUGAUAAUUUUCCACAUGUUUGAGUAGCUGAGUCAUAAUAUUUGGAAUGAUUCGAAUUCUAAGGAAAUUGUACGUUCAAUGACGCUUUUUAAAAAAAUAUUGAAAAAAUGCGUAGUUCGAAUGAAAAACAAGAAAGAUGAAUCACAUUGCUCCAGACAGAGAGCAAAAAAUUUGUCACUCUGAUGAUGUUAUCAUCAUAACAGAAUUAAUCAUACUAUUAUGAAAAAAAUGUUUUUCAGUUUUGUUAUAACGUCCUCAGCUAUAAAAUAAACUAUAUUUGAAAAAUGUUCCAAGAAGAAACGGCCCAUAAGUCGUAAUUAACCUCCAAUUCGUUGAGUCACGAAUGCGAAAAAAGCCACCAAUUUCCAAGUAACUUAUGUUCCGAUAAGCUCUAAUUUCCCUGAUAAAUACAAACCGCAUCAUGGGGUCAAACUGCCCACGCCUUUCUGAAAAGCCUCUUUGUCCGGUUCCAAAUAUUAUUCGUAACAGAGAAGCCUCCGCCGAUGGCUGGAGCUUAUUACUCAUUACCUUGUCAUUUAGCUUUCAUAACAGGUAUUCAUUCCAAGAACGGAGCGAAAGAAAAUACUCUAAUCUCCAUAGUAGUUGGUAGAGUAUUCAGCUACGAGAUGGAGUACGCUUUUUGUUAUAAAUAGGCUUCCACUCCGCUUCGCGUGCUCAUUAACCGCAACUCGUGGCGUUCCGCUCGGAAGCCCGUUGAAAUAACAACUCUUUCCUGUCCUCUUCUUCCAAAGAACGAACUUUUUCUCACCAAUUGUACCUUCAACUCAAAACUUGCUUCUUUUUUGAUUUCCCUUUCAGUAAAAACUAAAACUGAUAGCCUAGAGAAAUUGAAAACUCGCUUUGAAACUGCUUUUUUGGCCUUACUCUGAUCAUGACUGAUUUUCUGAUGGGUUGUAUCGUUUCCAAGGCUGAUUAACAAAGGACCCUGGUCAUUUUUAAAGAAUAUUUCCCUAGGAAGAUUUAAAAACCAGCUGAAAAUUCCCGAAAAUCGCAUUUCUUAAAAGUCCGUCAAUUUAGUACUUAUGGGUGAGAAAUAAAAAAAUUUGAUUUUGAAACUACUUUCCAAUCCUUGAUGUUUUUUCUCACCUAAUGACUUUCAGGAAUACCGACAGAAGCAAAUGGACCUCAUUGGGCACUUCCAUCGAGCUCAGCAGGAGCUCAACAUGCAGCACGUGCAGAACAUCUUCGCCGCGUUGCAACAGCAGCAACAAAUGAAUGAAAGAGCCGCUGUGAUGGCUCAGAACUCAAAUCAAGAAAUAACAGAACCGGGUAGAAAAAAUUCAUCCAAGAUAAAUAAUUAAAUAUCAGCGUUUUCAGUGGCGCCUUUGACCUUGGCUUCGUCGUUGACAAGUCUUCUUGGCUCAUCUUCAACCCCGCAUACGCCGACGUCGUCGAAUCCGCGAGAACAUCAACAAACUUCUGUUCCGAAUAACAGUCGAAAAUGGUGAGUAGCAAAAUUGAAAUAGAGUGAAAACAUCUAAAAGCAGAAAAUGCACGAAAAUACACUUUUUUCUUUGAUCUCGAUCAAAAUUUCUUUUUUCUACCUCAAAAAGUAAUCAAAAAAAAAAAGUCCAGCAACAUCGACAGAGAAAUUUGUUUGUUUUCCAUCGAAUCUCGGUGUAGAAGAACUACAAAGAAAUCACAAAUGUAGAUCUGAAUUUAUGAUCUUCGAUAAGUUCAACGUGUUUUUUUCCAAGCGUUUAGCACUUAUCUAACUAGGCUACAGAAGGGCAAAUAACUAAUAUCAUAUCACGCCACUCGAAAAGAAAAACAAGCUGAUUGGACUUUACAGCGAAUGCAAAAGGUUCUUGAUGUAUGAAUUGGGAUGGGAACAAUUUGACAGUUUAUAAACUAUUUUCAAGUCCUUGUUCAAGGUCGCUGUACUGGGCAUGAUUUGCAUAGUAAUAAUAUAAAAUUUCGCAGACCGCUCUGGAAAAAAAUUGUGAUUUUUCUGAGCCGGUUGUACGCUACAACAUAUUUAAAUGGGUUAUAACUUUAUUUUAAAUUUUGAUUGUGAGACUCGAAUUUUGAUGUAAUAUUAGAUUAUUUCAAUGAUUCUGAAAAAAAUUACUUGUCUGAAUUUUAUUUUUUUUUCUAUCAUAGCGGACAGAGAAGGAUAAAAUAGCGCGUAAGCAAGAUGUACACAACUUGCUUUUUAAACGUCGCUAUUUUACUAAAAAACUAAGAUUAUAAUCUAGUUUUUAAAUGCUUGGAAAGGGAUAUACAGUACCGUCAGAAAAGAUACAUAAAAACGCGAUUUUGAUCACAACUUUCUUAGAAGGAAUUCAAUUUUCCUGAAAGUUUCUAAAGCUGCUUUUUUCUUUCUUUGAACUGAAACUUCAUCAGAGUGAUGAAAACAACAGUCAUAACAUUUCUGGGAAGUUUCAAAAAGAUUGAAUCCCUUACAAGAAAAUUUUGACCGAAACUUUGUUUUUCGAAGUCCACUUUUUAUCUCUGACAUCGAAUGUGGAAAAAUCUACUAUGAAUCUACUAUGACUACUACGAUUGGAAAAAUCGCAACCUGAAAAAGGAAAACUCAAACUAUUCAGCGAUAUUCUUCCGCGGACCAACUCCACGACGAUUUCACAGCUGACAAAAGAUCGUCUGAAGAACAUGAUUGCCAAUCGCAGUCGCGGGGAAUCCAGCGGAAGUCAGAGCAACUUGGUCGGCACUCCACCGAGCCAUGCUCCCAUUAGCCCUUACGUCAGUCUUGACCAGAAAUAUCUUCUUCAAUCCAGAAAAUUUCCAGGUCAAUGUAUCAUCUCCCCACUUCGAGCCUUACCGUUUGCCGUCGAGCUAUACAACUGCGAACUCUUCCAAUCAGUCUUCAGAGUUUCAGCUUCGAAAGGUGAUACUCCUGAAAUAUGUCGAACCUUCAAAGAAAACUUAUCAACUUUCCGUUUCACUCUAAAAAGUGCGAUCACGGAUCUUUCAAGUGUGAUGAAUGAAAAAGAGAUUUUGAGAGCAUUUUUUGAGUUAGAAAGACUCGAGAUUCCACGUAUUUGCCUUAUGGUUUCUUAUGGACGGCUCUAAAAAUGGGAAUUUGUGAGGAUUGCCUCACGGGGUCAUGAUUAAGAACAUAUUUUUGGACAAUUUUGAGCGAAUUCUUCAAAAGUCAAAUGAAAUUUGAGUGGGAUUAAAAUCAAGAGUUUCAUUCUUAUCAGAUACAGUUCAAAAACCAUACGCUUUCAGGUCAACUCGGAGCCAAAUCUCAAGAUGCGCAUUCGAGCCAAACUGCUUUCCAAAGGCUCAAGUCCCGUGCAGCCGCCUCAACAACCGAACAACACCAUGUUCAACUUUGCGCAUCCGCAAUUGAGAAGGUUUGUGAAACUUUAUCAAAACAUUUCAGACAGUUAUUUUCCCAGGAGCGACAGCGAGACGUCGAAUAUGCCUAUCGACACUCUUCUGAAUGCCGGCGGGAACAAUAACCCCGCUUUGCCGCAUCUGAUGCUUCCUUCGCCGUCUCUUCCCAAUCUGGCUGCUGCCAAUAUCCCUAGCGUUCAGAUUCCUUUAGGUGAAUAUUCAAAUUUUCAGAAAAACCGUAUAGUAUAUUCAGACUUGCCUUCAAUUAUGGCGGCUGCGAACAACUUGGCCCCCUUCCUGAGCCUUCCAAGUCUUCUGAAAGCGCAGCUGGAACUAGGAGGGAUGUCUACCGACGACAACAGCGGACCCGGAGCGCCAAGCUUCUCGACAGCCUUCUCAACAAGGCCUUCUUUCUCAGAACGUCGCUGUCGGCGGCUACCCAUCACUUCUGAAACAGCAAAUUCGUGAGCUUGUGCUGCGAAGAAAAAGUCUCGUCAAGUUAGAAGCUCAUGAGUUAGAAAGUUCAAAGAUGGUUUUUGAGGGAGGAGCCAGAAGACGCUGUAGAUGAAGGACUUUACGCUGGGCUUCUGCCAGCUAGUCGACUUCAAGUGAGACUUUUUUUGUUUUCUACAGAUCUGAAGAAGUUGGUUGGAAAUUAACCAAAAGGAGCUUUUCUAAAAUGGGAAAAUGCGGCAUUUUGGAUUGAAUUCCACUCGGCUUUUCAAUAAUCUCCAUAGUUUGACGUUUGAAAGGUUGUAUUGAAAAGGUGAGCUCUUGGUAGAAGCCUCAUAACCGAAAUAUCUUAACACGACAAAAAAAUGAGAUUCAACAAGUUCAUCCAAAUCUCUCGAGAUAAACUGAAAAAUCAUUUUACAAAGCAUAAAAUUGAUUUUUCUUGUAGGAACUUUCUGCGGAGUCGAUGAAAAUGAACUCUCGUGAGUCGCGCGUCACCGGUCUGGCCUACGACUCAGCUAUGGCACGGCAUGAAUGCGUCUGUGGAGACAGUGCCUCUCACGUGGAACAUGGCGGUCGUGUCCAGAGCAUUUGGGCUCGUCUCAUGGAACGAGGACUGACAAUCAAGUUUGUUUCAUUCUCAUCCCAUUUCAGUUUCUUUAUCUUUUUUUCAGGUGCGAAAAGGUGGUAGCGAAGAAAGCUACCCUAGAGCAGCUCAAAUUGGUUCAUACUCCAACCUACACUACCUUUUUUGCUGUCUCACCCACAGCUUGUCUCAAAAUGGAAGCGAGCGCAUUGCCGGUCAAGAGUUUUGUGCAGCUUCCAUGCGGAGGAAUCGGCGUUGAUUCUGACACUUACUUCAACGACGCCAGCACUCAGACGGCCGCCAGAAUUGCGACCGGCUCUUUGAUUGAGCUUGCUUCACAGGUGAGCAUCAGAGGAAAAACUAUAUGAAAACCAAAUUAUCUUUUACUUUAUGAUGAAGUUUCCAGGUAGCUGAAAGUCGACUAAAGAACGGGUUUGCUUGCAUUCGUCCCCCGGGUCAUCACGCAGAAAAAGAUACGGUAAUGAUUUUGUAGUUGAAAGUUUUCAUCCAUUUUCAUCAGGCUAUGGGAUUCUGUUUCUUCAACAACGUGGCCAUCACCGCCCGCUAUCUCCAACAGAAGUACCCCGUUCAAUGUGCUCGAAUUGCUAUCGUCGACUGGGUGAGCUGUUAUUGGAACUUGAGAGUAAUUCACACGGUUUUAGGACGUGCACCAUGGAAACGGCACCCAACUUUGCUUCGAAGAGGAUCCUUUCGUACUCUACUUGUCUCUUCAUCGUCAUGACAACGGAAACUUCUUCCCAGGCACUGGCUCAGUUGUUGAAGUCGGCAAGGGAGCUGGAAAGGUAGUUGAAAACAAACGAGAAAGUUUCAUUUUGUGAGAAAGUUGGAAAGUUAGCCGUUUAGGCGAUUUUUGCGUGUUUUUUCCUGGUUUUAGAAGUCACCCGUUUUUGAAAAGUGCGGAUAGAUAUGAGAUUUUUCCCCUACUUUGACCACUGUUUGAGGUUGAUUAUCUUCGAGGUAACAGCGCUACAGAAAAUCUUUUUCAAGCUUCAUGCUUCAAAAACAUUUUUAUGCAAAAAGCUAACUUAGAAAUUUCCAUAAAUAAGAAACAAAAAAACUCUAUUUCAGGGCUUCACUGUAAAUGUACCUUUCUCUGGAGACGUCAUGCGGGACAACGACUACUUGGCUGCCUGGCGUGGAAUCGUUCUUCCGGUUCUCGAACAAUACCAACCGACUUUUGUUCUCGUUUCUGCCGGCUUUGACGCAGCUCACGGGCAUCCGAAUGCUUUGGGAGGGUGAGCUCUUGAAAAAAAAUAACUUGUAAUCUCAAAAAAUCGAUUUCAGCUAUGAGAUCUCUCCGGAACUUUUCGGCUAUAUGACAAGAUCUCUGAUGAACUUCGCGAAUGGCAAAGUGGUUCUGGCUCUGGAAGGCGGUUAUGACCUUGCCAGCAUUUCUCGAGCAGCUGAACUUUGUGUCCAAGUGAUUGAGAUCUAUAGAAAAAAUGCUAAUUUGAUUUUUUAGGCUCUCUGCGGUGAAGACCUUAACAUCACGAAACUGGCCCCGUCAGCCUUAGAAAAUCCACCAUGCCUUAGUGCUCAAGAAACGAUUCAAAAGGUAGAGUUUUCAUUAUUUCCAUGAUCAUUCAAAACCGGAAAAUAUACUAAAAUUCCAAAAAUUGGGGAAUUUGUUAGAUUUUUUCUUUCUUCAAAGUUCCGGCAGUUCCAACAAGUCUACAAGAAUUAAUCACUCAACGGUAUUACAGGUGAUCGCCAUUCACAAAGGGUAUUGGCCGGCACUGACGGCUCACAACGGCAUCACCACUUCGAGCGAGUUGCAGUGGCAGGCGGUCAAGCACCAGUUGCAGAGCCUUUCAAUGGCCUCCUCAAACUAA